AUGGGCAUCUCCAUCAACUCGGCUGUGAACAGUGGUCAAUGCGGCCGCGUCAGCCUCAACGGCCCAAUAAACAAGGUUACUGGCAUUUUCAGCGCAUUGUGCACGGUGGACAUUGGCGGCGCUAUCGCCUACAUGAGCCAGGUCGUGACGUUCAUCAAUCUCAUUGUGGUUCACUGCCAGGACUUCUUGGACGUCAGUGCACUCUGUGGAGCAAGCAUCUCGGGUAUCAUCACGGCUGCCGCGGCCCUGGCUCCCUAUGGCGCUGCCGUGCACGCUGCUUGUGCCGAGGGCGACGUCCUGAAGAACCCCAAGAAGCAAGAGCUCAUCAACGGCCUAUACACGGCCUUCCCGCGCCGCUUGGAGGAAGUGAAGAAAGUGCAGGAAAUGAAGGAUGCCAUGGCCAAUCUGAAGGACCUGCGCCAAAAGUUGGAGUCGAAGAUCGGUUUCAAUGCCUCGGUGCCGACGAUGUACUCCGAGGCGAACAUGGAGCAGAUGAUCCAACUCAUGAAAGAUGGUAUUGCAGGCGAUGCAGAGACGUCCAUGCGAGGAUCUGCAACGAAAGAUGUAUGUGAUGAGUAA